UCUGUGGCUGAGAAAAACGAAGCUCUGUCUGUUCCCUCCCUGCCUAAACUCCUAAUUGCUAACCAUGACGUCCUUCACCCUGCCGAGCCUUCAAAGCCCACUCUUCCAGAAAUCUAAAUUUCUUGGUGAUCCCCAUUUCCCCAGUUCUAUCAAACCAUCCUUCAGAGUCUCAAAAGCCUUCUAUUUAAAACCCAUAUCCAAGUUCAACCUCUCUGAAAUUAUGGGAGGCAGAGGCCUCUGCAAUGGUGAGAAAGGCGUGCAAAAGGAGCUCCUAAGAACAAUCGAACAAGUCCCACCCGGAACUUCUUCGAACCCAGAACCUUCUUCCUCUUCUGAUGCACUAUCCACGUUCAAAAUUCCUGAAAACGCUUUCGAAAAGGAGUUGCUAGGCCUCACUGGGGGGUUCCCUGGUGGUGAGAAAGGUUUGAAGAGCUUCAUCGAGAAGAAUCCACCUCCCAAGAAACCAGAUUCUGCUUCAGCUGAGGAAUUGGCAAUUGGGUUCCCAAGAUCGAAGCCGAAACCACCUGAAUUGCCUCUUUUGAUGCCGGGUAUGAUGGCUAUAGUGAAGAACCCUACAAACCCAUUUUAUAUGUACUGUGGGAUCGUUCAGAGAGUUACUGACGGCAAGGCCGGUGUUCUUUUCGAGGGAGGAAACUGGGAUAAGCUUAUCACUUUCAGGCUUGAUGAACUUGAACGGAGGGAGAAGGGUCCUCCCAUGGUGAAUCCCAAGUCUGUUGUUCUCGAGUCUGUUGUUCUUCAGAAGGAAUCAUGAUUAGUUUGAGGUAUUUGGCAACUUUUUUCUAUUUAGUUGUAGUUUGUGUGUGUGUACGCGACUUCCGAAAUGAGGUAAUUGUCUGCUCUGGACCUCUGGUUCUCCUAAUUUGUAUAUUUCAUGGUUGCUGAAUUGUAAAUUAACCUGUAUGCUACAUUCCUUUCUAUUAAAUAAUACUGAAUAGCAACUAUUUUAAUUUACUGGAUUAAA